AUGAUUGCUAGUGAUUUUCCCUUUCGCGUUUGCAGUCACACUGGAAAAAACACAGAAAAAAUUAAAUUAAGGGAAAACAGAUGAAAAACUGCAAUUGAACGCAAUUGAAGCAAGUGCAACAAAUAGUUUUCCGCGCCAGUGUUGACUCCUGGGCCUGCCGUCGAAGCCACGCCAACUGCGCGACUUUCGAGUGAACACUAUUUGCGGAGUGCAAAACGAAUCCCCGGGAUCGUAAGGCCAUGGAUUCGGCCACCAAUCUUCUGGAGCAACAGGGCUCAGCGGCUGAUGGGAGUGGCGGGAGCCAUCCCGCCGAGGUGGAGGUAACCACUCAGGCUCGAGCCACUUUCGGGAUGGACGCCGAAGGACACGCUACCGGCGAGGCUGUGACCACCACCACGGCCACCUUGCGUAGGGAAGGUUCCGACGAGGACAUCUUUGAGCAGGUGCAGAUGAUUCUGCGCAAGCGACGUGGCUGGGGACCAGAGGACUCGCUCAGCCCCAAUGAUCUGGACAUUCUCGAAUACGACGAUGAGUUGGUCGAGGAGGAUGACGCCGGUUGUCCACUCCCCUCGACCCCGGAAGACACACAGCUUAUUGAGGCGGAGAUGACGGAAGUGCUGAAGGCCGGAGUUCUCUCCGAUGAAAUUGAUUUGGGCGCAUUGGCACACAAUGCCGCCGAGCAGGCAGAGGAGUUUGUGCGCAAGGUCUGGGAGGCUAGCUGGAAAGUGUGCCACUACAAAAAUCUACCCAAGUGGCUGCAGGAUAACGACUUCCUACACCGCGGCCAUCGCCCACCGCUCCCCUCUUUCCGUGCGUGCUUUAAAUCAAUUUUCCGCGUGCACACGGAAACGGGCAACAUCUGGACACAUCUUCUUGGCUGCAUCGCCUUCAUCGGCGUGGCAUUAUACUUCAUCUCGCGUCCCUCGGUUGAGAUCCAGACACAGGAGAAGAUCGUUUUUGGCGCCUUCUUCAUCGGUGCGAUUGUGUGCCUAGGAUUCUCAUUCGCUUUUCACACACUGAGCUGUCAUUCUGUAGAGAUGGGAAGACUGUUUUCUAAACUUGACUACUGUGGAAUUGCGCUGCUGAUUAUGGGUUCCUUUGUGCCUUGGCUGUACUAUGGCUUCUACUGCCAUUACCAGCCAAAGGUGAUAUACCUAUCCGUCGUGAGCAUUCUGGGCAUCCUCUCCAUCGUAGUCUCGCUAUGGGACAAGUUUUCGGAGCCGGCACUUCGUCCCUUGCGCGCUGGCGUAUUUAUGAGCUUUGGCCUGUCGGGUGUGAUUCCAGCUAUUCACUACAGCAUCAUGGAGGGCUGGUUCAGCCAGAUGAGCCGCGCCAGUCUGGGAUGGCUGAUUCUGAUGGGCCUCCUCUACAUUCUUGGCGCGCUGCUAUACGCGCUCCGUGUUCCCGAGCGCUGGUUUCCUGGAAAGUUCGACAUUUGGGGUCAAUCACAUCAAAUAUUCCACAUACUGGUCAUUGCGGCCGCCUUUGUCCACUACCACGGCAUCUCUGAAAUGGCCAUGUACCGCGUCAUGUAUAGCGAAUGCACUGUUCCCAUCGAACCAAUAACCUUUUAGAUGCUGAAGUGGACGCCAAGGAACAAUCAUCGUAAAAGCACAUACAAUCCCAUUCAUAGUACGAGUAAUACAUAUAUUAAUGCGAACUAGCGCAGUUUUACAAUGCAACCUUUUUAGCGUUUGGGGAGCAUUUGUACCUUGUUAUACAAAAUCAACAGAACCAUUUAGAAAACAUAAACACACACUUUACACACAAUUACGCGCAUUUAUCAUCAAAAUCUUGCAUAGAAAAAAAAUUUGCAAAAACAGUUGAUUGUCGAAUGAAAUCUGCAGUAGAGAAAUUAAUAUAUGUACAAUUAUUUAUAAAAUUCCAAUUUGUCUACUUAAUGUUGUCGUAAGUUGAUUGAUCUUUCGAGUAGUGCAGAAUUGCUUGCAUCUGAAAUUGGCAAAACGAGAUGACUUCCGCUCAGGGGUUCCAUUGCUAAAACAGGAGCUAAAGGAGCUAAAAUGCCAGCCAAGCAAUUACUUUAAGUUAUGCAAUUAGAUGAUCCCCUUGUGGCAUUAGUAUUUACCUUACCGCUUAGAGUUGUUAGGGUUGUAUGGAGUAAUGAACAUACGUUUCGAUCGUUAAAUGAGGUCUGAUUUUAUAUCCACACAUACACACUGCACAUCACAAAUUCCGCAUCCAUGCACCCACACGGCAGAGCAUCGCGCAUGGAGCCUAAGAUAUUAUAUCACCAUAUACAUUAUAAAUGCAGAUCUAUCACAAAACAUAAAGCGAAUCAAAACAAUAAAAAAAGCUGAGACUUCUAAAAGAGCGUUUUGGUAAAGAUUGCUAUAUUAA